CCCAGGAAUAGCGCCCUUCAUAUCUCCCGAUCUGAAUUGGUUUCUCGAACGAUUUUGAAUAAUUCUUGUUGAAGAAAGACACAUUGGAGUUGUCAAUAUCACCACGAUUCAACCAUGUCGAAUGCCCAAGGUUCCAGCACGGCGGGCGUAGCCCGUUCAGCUAUCAAAACUCCUCUUCUCAUUCCAGGUCGAGGUGAUCCUAUCAACGAUGCUAUCCUGGUGUACUCUUCAGGCAAGAUCGACUAUGCUGGGCCUCUCUCAAAACUUCCUAAGUCCCUGGAAGUCCCCAAGGAGCGGACGGUCGAGGUUCCUGUCUUGCUCCCGGGCCUCUGGGAUUGCCACGUGCACUUCAUUGGACAUCUGGAACAGAGUAUGGCUGGCAUGGUCGCCCCUUCGCAAUUUUUGGCCGGAACUCGUACGGCACACGACGUUGCAGCCACCUUGAACGCCGGGUUCACCAGUGUCCGCGAGACUGCAGGCUUCGGGGUUGAGCUUUCCCAGGAAAUUGAGGCCGGUCGGCUCAUUGGUCCCAACAUCUACUCAGUAUGUGCUGCUAUCAGUUGCACAGGCGGCCACGUCGAUCACCAUUCCAUGCCAGAAAACCACUUUCACGAAAUGAGCUGCCACGGCCUUCCUAUGGUGACGGCAGACGGUGUCGAGGAAUGUAUCAAAGUGGUACGACAACAACUUCGCAAAGGCGCCAAGGCCAUCAAGAUCUGCACCAGUGGAGGAGUUUCCAGUGAACGUGACGACCCACAACACCAGCAGUUCUCUGACGCGGAAAUUAAAACCAUGGUUGAGGAGGCAGCUCGAUCGCAACGCGCUAUGGCGGCGCACGCCCACGGUCUUCCCGGCAUUAUGGCGGCAAUUCGCGGCGGGGUCACCACUAUUGAGCACGGGACCUACAUCAACGACGAGGCGAUUAGACUGAUGAAGGAGAAAGGCAUCAUCCUCGUCCCAACCCGUGGUAUCAUUGAGGAUGGCUUGACAGUAGCCGAGGUGUGGUCGGAGAAGGCAUACGAGAAGCUGAAGCCAGUUGCAAUUCAACAUGCCAAAGCUUACCGUGCAGCAGUGGCUGGUGGUGUUAAGAUUGCCAGCGGUUCGGACUUUGGCAUCAGCAAACGAGGCACCGCAUUGAGUCACGGACAGAACGGCAGGGAAUUGGUGCUGGCGGUUCAGGUGGGCGGAAUGACCCCCUUGCAGGCAAUCGAGGCUGCUACUGCCACUGCCCCAGGCGUUCUCGGCCCUCAGGCUCCCAAGACUGGCCUGUUGACGGAGGGUUAUGACGCGGAUUUCAUUGCACUGACGUCCAAUCCUUUGGAAAAUAUCAGCAUCAUCUCUAACCCAGACAACGUUACACAUGUCUGGCUCGCCGGAAACCUGAAGAAAUCUCCGGGAAAACCGAUUAUUGAACUGAGCCGGACGAAGCUGUAGAGGCUUCUGUUGCAUGUACUAUGUAAACGAGUCCUAGUCUUUGAUAAAAUUGAAUGUGGCCAUUGUCAUGUGCAACUCAAGUACCGAGAAG